AUGUUCGAGCAAUGCCAGGCCCGGCUGUCCGAGCACGGCGCUCGAGGGAAGGGCUCUGUCGUGCAUCGGAGGGGCAAGCCGGCUGCUGGCAGGACCCAGCCUGGGGAGAGGGAGGCUGAUGUGGGGGAGGCCAGCAAGAGCUACCACCUCAUCCUGCCCGCUUUCUUCCACCUCCUGGAUGCCCUGCACCGGGAGGAGAGAGCCUUCGCUGUUGUCUUCAGGACUUUUGGCACCGACCUGCCCCGUGCCCUCCAGGCUGUCCGCUGUGCCCUGGCCGGGCAGCACCCCCAGUUCCCUGCCCUACGGGAUGUGGCGCUCCCUGUGGACCUCACCCCUGGCCAGAUACGCUGCAGCAAGAGAGGGGUGGUGCUGACAAGAGGAGCAGAGCAGUUGGCCAGCCGGGAAGAUGUAAGAAAGCUUUACAACUACUUCAGCUCUUUGGAGGGAAUUGGAGGCUUCCAAGACCACUUUGACUGGUGGGCCAGAAAUCGGUUCUCUUCCCGGGGUGGGAAGCCCCUGUGGAUUGACCCUUACGAUCCCAACGUUCACCACAUCUUCAUCGAUGACAACAUCCGUCUGGAUGAUGCAGACACCAUUGUUCAUCCCCAGGUGUUUUCAGAGCGGGGCAGCAGCAGCCCCAGGCGUGUUCCCACCUCGGAGCUUUACGACGUUUGCCUGGUGCAGACCGACUUGCUGGAGGCCAUUGCAGACAAUGACUAUUUCCUGCGCUGCGUGAAGAGAUGUGAGGAGAACUAUGACCGCUACCUGGCCAGCAUGGAGAAGGAUGCACCGAGCCAGCAGCUGGAUGGACAGUGAUGCCACCUCCCGG